UUUUGCCAUACCUUCAGGCGAUUCUUUGCUUACAUUUUGCCGAUCAGCUGCUCCUGGAUUACGACUAGCUUGCGUAGUUUCAUCGUACGGAGUGAAUGGAAUGUAAAUAAAUCCGUGUACGUAGAUCAAUAACAGUAGAAAUAAUCUGAAGCAAUUGUUCCUGUGGUUGGCAUUUACUGUCGUACAAACAACAGAAGUACGGAUUUGUCAUUGUGAAUUUGUCGCAAGAGCAAAGUACCUGUUGGUUGAUGAACUUCGACUGUACAUUGAUGUAAUCGAAUAUCGUUUUGUGUAGGAAAAUUCGGGUAAUAAAGUGUAUCAGGCGGAGGAGUAAUCGAGCACCUGUCGAUUCGCCGAUAAUAAUUGUGGAGCGGAAACAUCAAUUCCCGAGCAGCGAAGUGUGACAGCUAGCGGCAAAGUAGUAGCAAAGUGGUGGGAGAUCACGAAAGCAACAGUACGGCGAAAAAUAUCAAUCUUCGAUAAUUAAAAGUAAGCAGCACGAAGCGAAGUAGCAAAAAUCGAAAUUGAAUUGAAGAUUGUGUGAGCAGAAUUUAAAGCAGUUUUUCUAUGAAUCGCCUAAGUGAAGUGAAGUGAUACACCAUCGCAGUUGAAUGGUAAAAGCAAUAUAAUUAAUUAAACUUCAGUACGAAGAGCUGCUCCAUCCUUAUUCCGUCGUUUGUUGUCCCCCUACGAAGAAAAGUAGGGUCGUAUGCGGAGCUAGCGAGUGUUGUGAUAUUUCAUCCUGUGCGCUUUAUUAUAGUGAUUGGAUUUCGUGUUUUUUGCUAUUUGUUGUACGGAGUGCGUUGAGUGACAAUUUAAAAGAAAAAAAAUAAGUUCCGGUACUUCGGUGGAUGCACAGCAGUAAACGCGGUGUUGUCCAUAGCGUCAUAUCGGUUCAGUGAGUUGGAAUGUCAUUGAAGAAAGAAACCUUAUCAGAUGUACAGCUGCACUUGGCUGCAUUACGCGGAGACGAAAUGCUUUUGAAACGUGUUCUGGACAGCGGCAAGGUGCACGUCGAUUGUCGUGAUGAGGACUACACUACGCCACUAAUUUUGGCUGCUGCAGGAGGACAUACUGCCUGUGUUAUCGAGCUGUUGGAACAGGGCGCAGACCCGAACGCGAGACGAGUGACCGGCACAACGGCACUGUUUUUUGCCGCCCAGGGUGGCUACGUGGACGUCGCUAGGAUACUGCUGAAAUCUGGUGCCCCGGUGGACUGCUCCUCGGUGGAUGGCGGUACACCACUGUUCGUCGCCUGUCAGGGCGGACACGAGAACAUGGUUAGCGAGUUGCUCAGCUACGGGGCCAACGUUCAUGCCUGUAUGAAGGAUCGUGCGACCCCACUUUUCAUAGCGGCCCAAAAUGGACACAAUUCGGUUCUGAAGCUUAUGCUGGCGGCGGGAGCCCACCCGGACACCCCCCGGAACGAUGGUGCCACCCCACUUUGGAUCGCUUCCCAGAUGGGUCAUGAUCACAUCGUGAAGAUGCUUUUGCUACAUGGAGCCUACGUAGAUUCGGUUCGAUGUGACGGCGCAACGGCUUUGUUCAAGGCCGCCCACAAGGGUCACAGCUCGGUGGUCCACGAGCUGCUCAAAUAUCGUCCGAAUCUGGGACUGAUUCCGAAUGGGGAAUCGGCGCUGCAUGCGGCUGCCCUGUUCGGUCAUCUUCCGGUCGUAAAGCAGCUGAUUGGUGCCGGCGCAGAUCUUUCGCUGAAGAAUCAGGAAGGCUUAACGCCACUGCAAAUCUCUCGGCAGCAGAAGUAUCAUGCCGUGUACCAGUACCUGAAGGACCGGGAACACUAUCUGCGCCAUCAGAGUGCCUCGGUGGGCAGUGGCAAGAGCCUGGUUACGGUCAAUGCUCCGGGUUCGAUCGGCACUACGGUAGCCAUCGGCAGCUAGGCGAAGGACUCGGUUGCCGACAGGGGCAACCAUCCGAGUUGAGAGAGCUCGCCUGCUUCCUUUCGCCUGCUAUGUUUACGAUUGUUAUUCAUCGCCGUUGCCAUUCAGUCCGGACCGAGAUAUAUGUGCAUGUUUCAUCAGCCAAUCGUCAGUCAGCGGUUGGAAUGAAUUCGUUAGGUUGUUUAUAGCCCAGCCAGUUGUUCCAGUUCGGAUAGUUUGUCUUUCUCCCUACGGAUUCGAACCUUUUUUCGCGCGCGCAUUGCUAUCCCAUCGCAGUAGGCUGCCAUGCAUAAUGGUAUGCGCGGUGCAGCAGAUAGAAAUUAGAUUAACAAAUUAGUGGCAGUAAACGUUGGAAUUCCGCUCACGUUGCAGUAGGCUGCGAUCGGAUGAAGUUGUUUUCGGCUCGACUCGGGGGGCGAUAAGACGGAUGAGUUUUCGGGACUAGUAAAUGGGCGAAUCGAACGAGAAAGUAGAUAGUUAUCUUAAUCAAAUGUCAAAACAUUUAAUUAUUGAUUUGGUUGAUGUGGACGGCGAGCUUAAACAUGGCUGCUGUAAAACGAAAUACAUAUGCACGAGUUACAGUUUGGUAUGCACCUGGUUGGGCUCCUGGCGUUGGUUGGGAAGCUCCUGGCGUCGCGUUGUUCCACUGUUCUGUCUAGCUGCUGUUAUGUUUUCCAUACUUAAUGACUCUUCUAGUCCCCAGAACCGGUACCAUUUGCAAAACUGGAACGAGUUGAUAGGUCAGCUAGAACUAGGUUUGAUGCUCUGUCAAUUGGAAUGUUAUAAAGUUAAUUGAGCAGUUAAUUACAACAUCGAUUCUAAUCUCGGUUGAUGAAUUUCAAUGAAUUUAUAUUGCUUUAUACUUCGAAUGCCACCUGCCAGUGUUGUAUACCGAUCUGUUCUCGAGAACCUUUAAAGCAGCAGCAAUCGUAUAAAAUUAUACAAACUAAUGUUGAAUAUGUACAUUGGUAAUAUUAAAUAUUGUUAAAUAUCGAAAGCGGAGUUCUUUCAUAAACCAAUUCGACAUCAUUAAAUUUUGCGUACAAAAACUAAAAGCACUAUUUGACAAAUGUUUCCAUUGAAAAACCUAAUCGAGUAUAAUUAUAUUAGAAAUCGUUUAACUCCAACACCAAUUACUGCUGGCAUAAAUUUGUCAUUUAACGUUAAAAAGCAGCGUUACUACAUUCAUAGAGAUAGUGUAAAUGAUAUUUCACUGUUAUUCAGUUAUUCACUCAAACAUACCUAGCAUCAGAUAAACAACAAAGUUAAGGGGUAACCACUAAAUAGACUAAAUAUAUUAGAUAAAUAGAACUAAAGCUCAUUGUUACUGAAUUUUCACGCAAUAAAGUGCUCACGCCAAUCUAACAGAUAAUAGUCGAAGCAAUACACAUUCCUGCUAUACAAUAAAAAAAAAAUACAAAAUACUCUAUCGAUGCAAUAAAAGUAAAGUUAGACCAAUGAA